GCGCCAGGGAGCAGGACGGGCAUCGGGGCCAUGCAAAGGACAGCGAGCAGAGAGCUGGCCUUGGCGCCUCUGCAAGACUGGGGCGAGGAGACUGAGGACGGCGCCGUGUACAGCGUCUCCCUACGGCGGCAGCGCAGCCAGCGCUCGACCCCAGAGGGGCCUGGAGACGACCAGGUGCGGAAGGGGCUGGAGGCUCCCACCCCGGUUGCUGACACCUUCCUCCAGUACCGCACCAGCAAAGUGCGGGCGCUGAGGGCCGCCCGACUAGAGCGGCUGGUGCAUGAGUUGGUGUCCGGAGACCGUGAACAGGAUCCUGGCUUCGUGCCUGCCUUCCUGGCCACACACCAGGCCUUUGUGCCCACAGCCCGAGUUCUGGGCUUUCUGCUGCCACCGCCGCCGCCACCACCACCACCUCCUGGGGUAGACAGCAAGAGGGCAGAGGCACAGGAUCUGAGCUUCAGCAAGCAUCUGAGGGCUGUGGUUUCGGUACUCGGUUCUUGGCUGCGAGAUCAUCCUCAGGACUUCUGGGAUCCCCCUGCCCAUCAGAACCUGGGGAAUGUCCUAAUAUUUUUGGGCUGGGCAGCCCCAGGAGGGGCAGAAGCCAGGGAAGCAGAGAAGCUUCUAGAAGAGUUCUUGGAAGAGGCUAAGGGAGAACAGGCAGAGGAGGAGCAGCGACUGGCUUGGGCUGGCCCUCCCAGGGCUGCCCAGUCUCCCAGAUCAGAAUUCUCCGAGGACUUCGAGGAAGACGAAGACCCCAGUUCUGAAGGCCCCGAGCUCCUGGACUUCAGCGUGGAUGAGGUGGCGGAGCAACUGACCCUUAUGGACGUGGAGCUCUUCUUGCGCGUGCGUACCUGUGAAUGUCUGGGUUCCAUGUGGUCUCAGCGUGACCGGCCGGGAGCUGCAGGCAUUUCUCCCACAGUGCGUGCCACCGUGGCCCAGUUCAAUGCAGUUACGGGCUGCGUGCUGGGCUCGGUGCUCGCAGCGCCUGGCCUGGCAGCCUCGCAGAGGGCACAGCGCAUUGAAAAGUGGAUCCGCAUCGCCCAGCGCUGCAGGGAACUUGGCAAUUUCUCUUCAUUGAGAGCUAUCCUGUCGGCCCUGCAGUCUAACCCCAUCUACAGGCUCAAGCGCAGCUGGGGAUCUGUAAGCCGGGAACCACUGUCCACCUUCAAGAAACUGUCGCAGAUAUUUUCUGAUGAGAAUAAUCAUCUCAGCUGCCGAGCAAUUCUUUCCCAGGAGGAGACCACUGAGGGACCCCAUGAUGAAGACUGCCUCCCAGGAAGUCUGCCGUCAAAACUGUCCCCAGGUCCUGUCCCCUACCUUGGCACCUUUCUCACAGACUUGAUUAUGCUGGACACAGCCUUACCGGAUAUGUUGAAGGGAAAUCUCAUCAACUUUGAGAAGAGGAGGAAGGAAUGGGAGAUCCUGGCCCGAAUCCAGCAGCUACAGCAUCGCUGCCAACUCUACAGCCUGAGUCCCCACCCACCAAUCCUGGCUGCCCUUCGAGCCCAGCGCCAGCUCAGUGAGGAACAGAGCUACCGGGUCUCCCGUGUCAUUGAGCCACCAGCUGCCUCCUGUCCCAGCUCCCCACGUAUCCGGCGGCGAAUCAGCCUCACAAAGCGUCUCAGUGCGAAGCUGUCCCGGGAGAAGAACUCUUCCCCUAGUGAGAGUCCCGGGGACCAGUCCUCACCAGCCUCCAGUGUGUCUCCAGGGUCUCCCCCAUCCAGUCCCAGAAACCGAGAACCUCCUCCUGGUAGUCCGCCAGCCUCCCCAGGACCCCAGAGCUCCAGCAACAAGCCGUCUCUGAACACGGAAUCCUCCAUAACCUUGACCCUGAGCAACCCUCGAAUUCCUCUCCUUGGGCAGCAGACCUCAGAGGCCCGUGUCAUUCGAGUCAGCAUCGACAAUAACCAUGGGAACUUGUAUCGGAGCAUCUUGCUCACUUGUCAGGACAAAGCCCCCAGCGUGGUGCAAAGAGCCCUGGAGAAGCACAAUGUGCCUCAGCCCUGGGCCCGUGACUACCAGCUCUUCCAGGUCCUACCUGGAGACAGAGAGCUCCUGAUUCCGGACAGUGCCAACGUCUUCUAUGCAAUGAGCCCAACCGCUCCUGGCGACUUCUUGCUGCGUCGGAAAGAGGGGACAAGGCAUACACCUUCAGCUUCCCCAACCUGAAGCAGCAUUCACCACGGACAGCUUGGUACCUGGCUUCUACCACCAUCAAAGUAGGGGUCCAUUUCCUGAAGAGCUUCCGUCCCCCAAUAGAAGCCAUCUUGUUCCAUAUCCUGGGGACUCCCCAGCCUUAGCCCAUCAGACACCAUCUCUCUGACUUCCUUGGCACUUGGCCAUUAUUCCAGAAACAUGGAUGUGUGAGAAAAGUGUAGAACUCAGAAAAAUCAAGAGCUUUAAGAGCUGGGAGCUUAGCUUAGUGGCAGGGCAUUUGCCCAGCAUGCCCUAGACCCUGGAUGUUUUCAGCACUACCCAAAAUAAAAGUCCUAUAGAGUGUAGUUAAGUUGGAUCCUAACACGUGGCAUCAGGGGUCUGAGAGCCAGCACUGAGCAUAUCCAGCAUGUUGCCACAUGCCCAUAAUCCCAGUGCUCGGGAGCUGCAGGUAGGAGAAUCAGGAGUUUGUCAUCCUCAGCUACAUAGUGAACUGAAGGCAAACCUGAACCACAUCAUAAAACUUCAUUUUAAAAAACAAAACUAAGAAAAGGUUGAAAAAAUCCUCACGAGAGUUCAGGGUUUUCUCCCCCUGCUUUCAGAAGGUGCGACCCUGUCUCUCCAUCACAUGAGUGGAGAUGUGGGGGGGAGGGAGGAGUUUGUCAUCACUCGCAAAUACAGGCAGCGAGAAAUUGGGCAUGGUGGUGAAUGGCCGUCACCCUAGCACUGCAGAGGCAGGAGGAUGUCGAGUCCAUGGUCAUUUUCAGCUGUAGUGGGAGUUCCAGACCAGCCUGUGACAUUAUUCCCUGUCUCAAAUAAGCAA